GAUUUGUCCAAUGAGAGAACACUAUGCAAGCUGCUGUCUAGUGCACUACCUAGCUGAUUCGCUCCUUUUUGGUUUCUUUUAAAUUAACAGACAAUGUGUGAAAGAUGCUUUGUCAUGAUAUUUGCACUGCCCAGGGGGAAAUAAGACUCUUCCUGAUUGAUAUAAGUACCUGAAGACACCUUCACCAUGACCCUCUCAGAUUUCAUUGGAGCCUUGAAGGACAACCCUUACUUUGGGGCAGGCUUUGGGCUUGUUGGCAUUGGCACAGCACUUGCAGUUUCCCGAAAAGGGGCACAGAUUGGCAUGAUCUUCUUUAGAAGACAUUACAUGAUCACACUGGAGGUCCCCAGCAGAGAUAAAAGUUACCACUGGCUGUUAAGCUGGAUUACAAAACAUGCCAAACACACACAGCAUUUAAGUGUUGAGACCUCUUAUAUGCAGCAUGAGAGUGGGCGAGUCCAUACACAGUUCGACUUUCAUCCCAGUCCGGGCAACCACAUUAUUUGGUAUGGAAGGAAGUGGAUCAGAGUGGAGAGAACCAGAGAGAAGCAGAUGGUCAACCUGCACACAGGAACUCCAUGGGAGUCUGUCACCUUCACUGCUCUGGGUAGAGACAGGCAGAUAUUCUUCAACAUUCUCCAAGAAGCUCGUGAACUUGCUUUAAAACAAGAAGAAGGUCGGACUGUGAUGUACACUGCCCUUGGAGCAGAGUGGAGACCUUUUGGGUUUCCUAGGCGACGGCGGCCCCUGUCAUCAGUAGUUCUGGAGAAUGGAGUGGCGGAGAGGAUUGUUGAUGAUGUGAAGGAGUUCAUCGGCAAUCCCAAGUGGUACACAGACAGAGGUAUUCCAUAUAGGAGGGGCUAUCUGCUGUAUGGACCCCCAGGCUGUGGGAAGAGCAGUUUCAUAACUGCGCUGGCAGGCGAACUGGGCUAUAGCAUCUGUCUGAUGAGUCUCAGUGACCGCAGUCUGUCUGACGAUCGUCUGAACCACCUGCUGAGCGUCGCUCCACAGCAAAGCAUCAUCCUACUGGAGGAUGUGGAUGCAGCCUUUGUCAGCCGCGAGCUGAAACCCACAGAGAAUCCACUGGCCUAUCAGGGCAUGGGAAGACUCACCUUCAGUGGACUUUUGAAUGCUCUGGAUGGAGUGGCAUCAUCAGAGGCCCGUAUUGUGUUUAUGACUACUAAUUUCAUUGAACGAAUGGACCCCGCUCUUGUCAGGCCUGGUCGUGUUGAUCUGAAGCAGUACGUGGGCUACUGCUCCCAUUGGCAGCUGACUCAAAUGUUUCGGAGGUUUUACCCACAGGAGUCUGCGGCUGAGGCUGAGCGAUACGCAGAGCAAGCGCUGGCAGCAAACCCAGAGCUUAGUGCUGCUCAGGUUCAAGGACACUUCAUGCUCUAUAAAACAGACCCGGUUGGCUCUAUCAAAAAUAUCGAUAAGAUAAAGGUUUGAAGACAUGAUAAGAGAACAGACUUUUGUAUAUAUAAUGCAAAUGGAACCACAAAGGAUUGAUUAACAUAUGAGGUGACUGGAUCAUGCUUAUAUUUUGAUCUGGAUAAAUACUUCACACAUCUGAGAAAUAAAAUCCAGCUCAAGGAAAAAAAAAUGUUUUCUCUGUUAUUGUUAUGGGUUUGGUGUCUAUAGAUGACAUCAUGCACCAAUUAUCUGUUCAAAGUCCAGGAAUAUCCAGUGACAAUUGUACCUGCUUGGCCAGCAGAAGCACCCCUUUGUGUCAGUGCCAAUCUCUUCCAAAAGUCUUGUUAAUGGAAAUGGUUAUAAAAAUGUAUCUUAAACAUCUUAUAUAGAUUUUGUUUUACCUAUUAUUAUUUUUUAACCUGGAUUUCGCCAAAAUAAUAGCCAUAGAAUCUGGCAUGGCGUUAAAAACAAGCACUUUUUUUUUUUUUUAAAU